AAGGGAAGCAGAUCGGCUGCUUCGCCUCUAAGAGGAGUGGAGAUCUCGGAAAAUGCUUUGAUCAACGAUCGCUGGCACAGGAGGUUGUAGGAGGCACUGGGCACGAACUAGGGCUUGCCACAACAGCUGCCAGAUCAGAUAAAGGAGACCGUGUUAGAAGUGUGAAAAAGACCAGAUGGCGCCCACCAGCGACGAGACGGCUGUGCCUCUCCUGAGCGGCCAUGCCCACCCAACAUGGAACUUGCGCACCACGUUCUCUGCCCCUCUGGCAGUGAUCCUGGCUGCGCUGCUUGGGGUUUUUAUUGCCUACGUUAAAUACCCCGAGCUGGAGUCCACCGAUGCCAAUGUCAACCAAUACUACAUGUACUACAUCCACGUCGCCAUCAUGAUCUUUGUUGGUUUCGGGUACCUCAUGACUUUCCUGACGCGGUACACUUACAGCGCUGUGGGUCUCAAUUACCUGACAUCAGCAGUUGUCAUGCUGGAGGCCAUCGUCUUCGUGGGGCUGGUGCAGCAAGUCAUCUUUGGGGACUUGUCCUACAUUGAGUUGAACUUGCCGCUGCGGAUCGACUCAGCAUUCGCAGCCGGUGCGGCCAUGAUCAGUUUUGGGGCCGUCCUUGGAAAAGUGUCACCUGCCCAGAUCACCCUCCUGCUUGUGCUGCAAGUCCCCAUCUACGCGUUCGACGCCCAUCUGGCCACAGAGGUUUUUGGCGGGCUGGAUGUGGGUGGCAGCAUAACAAUACACGCGUUCGGCGCGUAUUAUGGCCUGGCCUCAGCGCUAGUGCUGGCUCCGGUGGCUGCCGGAUCGUCCCACCCCAAGAAUGGCGCUUCAUACGUCUCGGACAUGACCGCCAUGAUCGGCACUAUCUUCCUCUUCAUCUUCUGGCCCAGCUUCAACGGCGCUCUCGCCUCCGGGGUGCACAUCCAGAACGCCACGCUGGCCGGCGGAGUCGCCAUCGGCUCGGCCGCAAAUCUGAUGGUCGGCCCCGGCGGCGCGCUCGGAGUGGGAAUCCUGGCCGGCCUGAUUAGCACGCUGGGAUAUGCCUACCUGUCACCCAUGCUCGAAGCCAAGAUCGGCCUGCGCGACACCUGCGGCGUGCACAACCUGCAUGGCAUGCCCGGCAUCCUUGGCGGCCUGGUUGCUGCAGUGACGGCUGUGCUGGCCCCAGAGGCCAACGCCCCUGUCAUGAAGUAUGGCGGCAGCACACAGGCGCUGUACCAGCUGGCGGCCCUGGGAUCCACCCUGGUGAUUGCCAUUGUGGGUGGAUUACUCAUGGGUCUGCUGGUCGCCAAGCUGGACGUUGCAGUGGCAGGCCAGGAGCUCAGUCACGAGCACCUGUUCGAGGACUGUGUGUACUGGCACGAGGUGGAGCCAGAGGAAGCUGAGGGGCAUGCAGCCGUCAAUGGCACAGCCGCCGAGGAGUGAAGUCUACCAAGCAAAUGAUGUGCUUCUAGUCAACUGUUCAGGCCAAUAUUGACCACGCGUAAGCUCACGAGAGGCGUGCAUUGAAGACUGUGAACAGUGCUGUGUUUGCACAUCACAGGUGCAUAACAUUUUGAGGCCAUGGCUUGCGCAGCAUAUUGCAAGGGCCUUUUAAAAGUUUCUCUGCUGUCAGGCACGGAUCAUAUCUCUCAUUGAAUAUUGCUAGCCACUUUGCGCUUGAAAUAAAAAUAUUUGCAAAUUUUCAAACAAAGCAGUACGUUCUCCCUGGUUUGAUCCCAAACAAAACACCAUCUCAGACUCUGCACUUCCACCCACUUCAGUGGACCACACAACACGAUUGCAUGGCAAUGCAAAUUCCGCAAGCAGUGCAAGAGCUCCGAUGCCAUGCGCUGUUCAGGCGCUGUCACAGUCUUGUAACUCACAGGCACCACCAAAUCUCUGCAUCCAAGGAUUCGAGAUUGCUUCGAAUUCGACAAACCAUUGGCAUCAACAACCAUUAUUGUGCUGUUGAGAACAUAUAUACAGUGCAUGCCAUUCCAAAAAACACUUCAAGUCCACUUUUAUGCCAAACAAUUGUUGUAAACAUACAUAGCCUGCUCAACACAGCAUCCUGCAAAACGGCCGCUGCAUGCACGCUGCAGCAUUUACAGCAGAAACACCGGGAACGAAGCUGUCAGGCCUUAUAGGCACCCAGGGUAGAACAUCGCGCCAUGCGCUGAUGACAGGGCAAAAUAGAGCCACAAAAACCAUUUAAAUUCAUGCAUAAUUCAGCCUGAUAUUUGGGUCUUGCAGUGCAAUUCAAAUACCUAUUUUCUGUCUGUCAGUCACAGAUUUUGAAGCAAAGCACUGCACAGUAGCACAAGUCCUGUUGAUCGGCAAUGGAACAUACUUGGUGAACGCAGGAGGCUUGCUUCAGAAUGACUGCCAUCAUGCUCAACGACACACAUGCCAAGCAUGUGACAACCCGUUCAUAAAAUACUUAUCAGUCAUCAUGAGUAUCAGGUGUUUGGACCCACAAUUAUCAUGCAAGUUGAAUGUUGUCCACAAGAUAAAGAUUUUGUCCCGUUGAGUCAUGGAUGUCAAAGCUGUCGAUCCCCU